AAAAACAUCUUUUUUUGAGGAUAUUGACUGGGAGAAGCUCAGUCGGCGGGAGAUUCAACCGCCAUUCCGCCCUAGUAGCAAUAUAUUGUGCAACUUUGACGAGGAUUUUACUUCCAAGGAACCCCGGGCGGGUUUUCAAGAGGAGGAUGGGGGUGAACACGGCAAUAUUGCCUGCUUUUCCUUUGAUGGACAAAUGGGUCCUGCUUAG